AUGCUAAAGAUUCUCGAGGUAGAAGAUGGUGAGGAUAAUUCCCAUGGCGGCAUCCAUCCGACCUUCCCUGGGCUGCUUCUCCGCAUCUCCUCGCUUCCCCACGUUCCUCGAUCACAGCUCAUUGGUACAAAUCCUCAUAAGCUUUUGAGGAGAGGUGUAUACUGCUCAGGAGUAGCUGAAUCUGGAAAUGCAGCUCAAGCAAGCACAGCUACUAGUCAAGGUGAUCUUCUCAAGUGGGUGAAAGAUGACAACAGAAGAAUGCUUCAUGUCGUUUAUCGUGUUGGCGAUUUGGACCGGACGAUAAAAUUCUAUACUGAAUGUCUUGGAAUGAAGCUUCUACGCAAGCGUGAUAUACCAGAAGAGAAAUAUACAAAUGCUUUCCUUGGUUAUGGACCUGAAGAUUCACACUUUGUGAUCGAGCUCACUUACAAUUAUGGAGUUGACAAGUAUGACAUCGGGGCGGGUUUUGGUCACUUUGGUAUCGCUGUCGACGAUGUUGCGAAAACAGUAGAGCUUAUAAAGGCCAAAGGGGGCAAAGUAACAAGGGAGCCUGGUGCUGUUAAAGGUGGCAAAACUGUGAUCGCAUUCAUUGAAGAUCCUGAUGGUUACAAAUUCGAACUCUUGGAAAGAGGUCCUACACCAGAACCUUUCUGCCAAGUUAUGCUCCGUGUUGGUGAUCUCGAUAGGUCCAUUAAAUUCUAUGAGAGGGCUUUUGGAAUGGAACUUCUGCGCACAAGAGACAACCCAGAGUACAAGUACACAAUAGCUAUGAUGGGAUAUGGUCCAGAAGAAAAAUCUGCAGUCCUAGAGCUGACGUAUAACUAUGGUGUCACUGAAUAUGACAAAGGAAAUGCUUAUGCUCAGAUUGCGAUAGGGACGGAUGAUGUGUACAAAACUGCAGAGGCAGUGAAACUCUUUGGUGGGAAAAUCACGAGGGAACCUGGUCCCUUACCAGGGAUAAGCACCAAGAUCACCGCGUGUUUGGAUCCUGACGGUUGGAAAUCGGUAUUUGUGGACAACAUUGACUUUCUCAAAGAACUGGAGUGAGAGGAGAAAGGAGGCAUUAUAAAAAAAUGCACCAAAGAUGGCUAAGUUCAUAUAGCUAUAAGGGAAACAAGAGGAGGAAUUGUUUGUGUCUUACAUCAGUUUGAGGUUUAACGCUAAUCUCUCAGUGGGGAGUAUUUGUUCAAAGAGAAUGAUUUGCUUUUUUCAAAACCUAGUCUAGUUUAUUCUACAAGAUCAUCCCAUGUUGUGUCUUUGUGUAUAUCAGUUCUACUCAUACCAUUAUUGCCGUUGAAAUAAGAUGACGUGAAUGUAAAUAAGAUCAAAUAAGAUAUAAAACGGAAUCUUGGUGAUCUCAAAAGAGAGUGGGGCAUGUGAACAUAUUUGAGUUUUGAAGAAACAGGUUUUUGUCUUUGUGCAAGAUCAGAUUUAUAAAUGGG